AUGCAAUCGACCAACGCAGUCAAGCUUGAAGGCCAGGCUGCUUCCGCACCCGUCUUUCAGCGCCCCGCUGGAAGCGGCGGAGGCAAUAAGAAGGGCACCAGCGCAGAGCGUAGGGCCACGCACAAUGCCAUCGAGCGAGCCCGUCGAGAGUCUCUGAACGGCCGCUUCCUUCAGCUUGCCGCCUCCCUGCCCGUCAUUUCCGAUGUGCGACGUCCGUCCAAGUCGCUCAUCGUCAACAAGUCGCUCGAUUUUGUCGCCGACGCCAUGAAUCGUGAGGCCAUGUACCGCCUCAAGAUCGAAAACAUGCGACAGGAAAACAUGUCGCUUCGCCAGCAGCUAAACGAGUUCCUUGCGCAGGCUGGCCUGGAGACGCUGCCGCAGCCUCCCAUCGACGAUCUGCCCAUCCCUAUGGCAGAGAUGAGGAACAAGAAGCGUCAAGCCAGCACAGGCUCCUCUGGUCAUCUUGGCGAGAUGUACGAUCUCGACGACGACGAUGGCACGUUCGGUGCUGGAAGCGACGAAGGCGGCAAGAACAGCCCCACCUCGUCGUGUUCGGUCGGCUCGAGCGUGCGCGGCUCGCUCUCUAGCUCGCUUCCCGCCGGUGUCGCCGGUUUCACUCCGAUUACGCAGACUGGCGUCCAAGGACAAGCUUUCUCGUUCCUGAUGGCCCCUGCUAAUCGAGCCGCCACCAGCAGCACCUCGCCCGGAGCUUCGUCUGCUUCUGGUGACGUCGUUACAGCCGAUCGCAUCGGAAAUGUCGAGGAUGCCGCCGGAAAUUGGGUCCAGCCCGCUGGAUUUGAUGGACAAGGCGCGAGUUCCGCUCAGGCCCAGCCGUUGACGUACGCUGGUCUCACGUACUCGACACCCGUUCAUCAGGGACUGAUGGCUUCUUCCCGUACCGAGAUCAACGGCACGCAUCCAUUUGCGUCCAGCGCACAGUUCGGCAUGCAAGGCAUCUCUGCUGAUGCCACUACCUCUGGUAUGCCCGCUCCUCUCGGUCAAUUUUCGUUGAACACGAACAACUUGAUGCAAAUGCGCAGCGCGCACCAGCUUCAGCAGCAGCAGCAGCAGCUCCACUUCCAGCUUCAACUGCAGCAGCAUCAACAGCAGCAGCAGCAGUUUGCCAACUCUGCCGCUUUCAACCCAUCGGCUUUUUUUGAUCCGGCGCCGCUGCAGUCCGCUAGCUUCAUGACUGCAGUCAAGCAGCUAGCUCUCGUCAGUUCCACGCAACAGCCGUCCUCACCUUUCACACACGGCACGAUCCAGCUCUGUCUCCUCGCCGAGUCCACCAAGACUCGCGCUGCUGCUGCCGUGCCGCCUGUUCGAUCUUACUCCAGCGCUGCCGCUCGCGAAAACGCCUACGACAGGGAGACCAUCACCAGGCUUUUGUACUCGCUCGCCUCGCGCAAGGAGGUAGAGAGGUACCUUCGCAUCUUCUCUGCCGCUGACAAGUUCGCCGUCAUCAAGGUCGGAGGCGCCAUUCUCACCCACCAGCUCGAGGAGCUCGCUCUGAGUCUCUCCUUCCUUCACCGCAUCGGCCUCUACCCCAUCGUCCUCCACGGUGCCGGCCCUCAGCUCAACGAGCUCUUGGAGAAGGAGGGCGUCGAGCCAGACUACAUCGAUGGCAUCCGAAUCACCGAUGCAAAGACGCUCAAGGUCGCUCGUCGCAUCUUCCUCGAGGAGAACAUGCGUCUCGUCGAGAAGCUCGAAUCGCUCGGAAGCCGUGCUCGACCCAUCCCCAUCGGCACCUUCACUGCCGACUACCUCGACAAGGACAAGUACGGUCUUGUCGGAAAGAUCAACAAGGUGGAUAAGGAGCCAAUCGAGAGCGCCAUCCGAGCCGGUUGCUUGCCCAUCCUCACCUCGCUCGCCGUCACCAACGACGGACAGAUCCUCAACGUCAAUGCCGACGUCGCCGCUUCCGAGCUCUCCAAGACGCUCGAGCCGCUCAAGAUCGUCUACCUCAACGAGAAGGGCGGUCUCUACCACGGCAAGACCAAGGAGCUUAUGGAGGUCAUCAACCUCGACGAGGAGUACGACGACUUGAUGAAGGAGGAGUGGGUCAAGUACGGCACCAAGCUCAAGCUUCGCGAGAUGAAGGAGCUGCUUGACCACCUUCCCCGCUCGUCCUCUGUCGCCAUCAUCUCAGUCGACCAGCUGCAGAAGGAGCUUUUCACGGACAGCGGUGCCGGUACCCUCAUCCGACGUGGCUACAAGCUCUACCGCAAGAACAGCAUCGAGGAGGUGGGUGCCGAGCGCAUUCGUCAGGUGCUCAAGGAGAACGAUGAGGAGAUCAAGGAAGGUCGCAAGUCGGUCGCCGAGUUCUUCUCCGAGAUCUCCCAGCACCCUUACACCGUCUACGGCGACGAGCCGUUUGACUGCGUUGCCUUUGUCUCGCAGCCUGAAGGCGAGGUUCCUAUCCUUCAGAAGCUCGUCACCAGCCGCAACGGUGUGCUGAACGGCGUCAACGACAACAUCUGGAAGCAGAUCCGAAAGGACCACAAGCGCCUCGUGUGGACCUCGCGUGCCGACGACGACCAGCGAGCGUGGCACUACGAGCGCGCAGAUGGCUCCUUCACCCGCAAUGGCCGCUCGCUCUUCUAUUACGGCAUCCACGAUGUUGCCGAGGUCGAGACCAUCGUCCGCAACCUUGAAGAGAAGAGCCGCAUCGAACGUGCCUAUCUGCCGCUCAAGCCCGCCAAGCCCUCUUCGCCCGGCGGCACCCGCGCUUACUCGACCAUGGCUCGUCCCGGUCUCACCUCUUCGCGCGUCAUGGCCGGCUCCCGCCGCGGCUACGCCACCGCUGUCGAGCGCAGCGGGCCCAUCCCAGCCUCGACCACCGACAAGAAGCGCGUCGCUUUGAUCGGCGCUCGUGGCUACACCGGUCAAUCGCUGAUCGCGCUGCUCAACAAUCACCCUCACAUUGAACUUUCGCACGUCUCUUCGCGAGAGUUGGCGGGUCUGCCGCUCAAGGAGUACACCCGAUCGCAGGUCAACUACACCAACAUCGGCGUCGAGGACCUCAAGAAGCUCGAGCGCGGUGAGGGUCCAGGUGCGCCACCUGAUGCGUACGUCAUGGCUCUGCCGAACGGCGUGUGCAAGCCGUUUGUCGAGGCUGUUCAGGAAGGUGGUAAGAACAAGCCCAACGGUCACGGCGUCAUUGUUGACCUUUCGGCUGAUUAUCGUUUCCAGGACGAGUGGACUUAUGGUUUGCCAGAGAUCUAUGGGCGCAAGCAAGUUCGAUCGUCCAAGCUGAUUUCCAAUCCGGGAUGUUAUGCGACGAACAACCAGGCGCUGAUUGCACCUUUGCUUCCUGUGCUGGAUCUGGCUGCGGGACCUACUGUGUUUGGAGUAUCGGGAUACUCUGGAGCGGGGACGAAGGCGUCAGAGACGCCAUCGGGGGAGCGUAAGACGGUACCCAAGAUCACGCCGGAUGAUCUGGCUGGGGGUAUUCGAGCCUACUCGCUUACCGAUCACAUUCACGAACGAGAGGCAGGUCAUCAACUCUCCCGUCUCGCUGGUUCCCCCGUCAAAGUCGCCUUCAUCCCCCACGUAGCCCCCUGGUUCCAAGGUAUCAUCUCCACCCUCUCCGCCCCGCUCAAACAGAAACUCUCUUCCAAAGAGGUCAAACAACUCUACCUCGACUUUUUCGCCAACGAACCCCUCGUCCACAUCCAAGACAAAGUCCCCGAAAUCAAGGACAUCCAACUCCAACACGGGUUGAAGCUCGGUGGUUUCCAGGUUCACAGCGAUGGGAAGAGGGUCGUCGUCGUAGGCGUGAUCGACAACUUGCUCAAGGGCGCCGCUACUCAGUGUUUGCAGAACCUGAACGUAGCGCUCGGCUACGACGAGCUGGCUGGCAUUCCAGAGUUGAAGUAG